UCCCGCAUCACCAAACGUCGUCCACAAACCUCAAGGUGUCCAACAGUAUUUCUCGAAUUUCUCAAGCAUUAGCAUCAACAACUACCACUUCUAUACCAACAACCACUUCAUCACCACCUCUCCAACCAUCAACAUGAAGACUACCUACGCCAUCGCCCUUCUGGGUGCCACUCUGGCUUCCGCCCAGUUUACCAACCAGACCAAACCCUUCUGGCUCAAGUUCACUCCCUGCACCGGCGGCUCCGGCGAGACCUACCUCUCAUCCUGCCACUCCGGCGCCGGCCAAGCUGGUCUCUGCCCCGAGACCACAGAGCCCGUACAGGAAGCCAACCGUCCCACCACCCACACCAACUACUUCCUCAACGAGACCCAGUCCGACUACAAGGGCCACCUCCUCGGCGCCCUGACCUGGAACCAGCCCAUCGGAAAUGGCGACCCCGUUUCCUCCGGCAUGAUGCUCAACCUGCAAAUCGUCAGCAACGGCGCCAUCCCCAUCUUCUCUCCCGGCAACACUGCCCUCUUCACCCUUGGCUUUGACGAGAACGAGAAGCUCUUCAUCUACUCCCGCGAGGACGACUCCAAAGCCGUUGCCGGCUCACAGGCUCCCAUUGUGGACGAGGCGUACUACCGCUGGCACGUCUGUUACACUUUUGUCGGCAACUACUACUACCGCUCCCUCGUCUGGAUCACCGCCGGCCCGGCAUCCAACCCCACCUGCGCCGCCGUCGAUGUGUACCGUGAGUGGGCUUAAGGCAUGCAUAGCUGGGUAUCAUUGGUCUACGAUUACGACAUUGGCUUUGCGUAGAAGCACAGACUUCAUGGCUGGCUCCGCAACCUAGCAAUUCUGGUGCUGCCUUUGGUUGGAGUCCUGAUGAGACUGAUGACGGUGUUCUACACUCCUAAUCGAUGGAGUACAACAAAAGUUUCAAUAGCUAAUCCUAAUAAACUCUACUUGAAAAAC